AAAAUGACCAGUAUGGAUACAUCAAAGAUUUUAGAUGGCUUGUAUGCUUUUGGUGUCAAAUGUGGCUUGAACGCCCCUCCACUGUUGUACGCCAGCAAAAUAAACACAUAUGCAGUGCUUUCACCGCCUUCGUUUUGGAAAAACCUACAUUUCACAGAGGACAAACAUCUAACAGAUACGUUUUUAGCAUACAAAAACGAGUAUCGGCAAUGUUUCUACUGUACAGAUGCGGACUUCAGUGCGUUGGAGAAACGCGUUCGUGCUAGUACAAUCCCUUUAAUAAGGUUUGAUGAUAUAUCACAGGCUCAUGUAACAGGUGGUUUUAAUGAAAGUCAACGGAAUGAAUUUGUGUUUCCCGGUUCUGAAACGUUUAAUCAGCCUCCUUACGGUGACAAUACUGUUGGACUUCCCAUCCAAGUCACCGAUGGAAGAGAGAAUGAAACCCCUACACAGCAACACAAUGAUCUUAGUAGACAAAUGCAGUCAGGCGCUGGACAAGAGCAAAAUAAUAAACAUAAAUGGAAGACAGCCAAAUAUCCAGAUUUCCAGGAUAUUAAAUACAGAUUGGAAUCAUACCGAGGAUGGCCACUGGCAGAACCGAACCCAAGGGCACUAUGUGAAGCUGGAUUCUUUUUCACCGGUCACAGCUACGACCUCGUGCGGUGUUUCUGCUGCGGCAUCGGUCUAAAAGACUUCUCUGACACGGACAAUCCAAUGCUGGAACACGCAAAAAAUUCAUCAAACUGUCCGUUUAUUCUGAACCACUUUGGAAGUUUGGAAGCCUUAGAAAGAUAUAGGCAAAGAAUCGUAACUCAGGAUCCUGAAGAGAUAAGGCGAAGGCAACGUGACAUCUUCCAAAGGCAACUAGGUCGAGAAGCCGCAAACUACAAAGCAAAGCACGAGCGGUUCCGAACGCUUAAAUCCCGCCUAGAUACGUACACACACUGGCCACAACAUUUGUCCCAGAGCCCAGAACAAUUGGCAGAGGCAGGGAUGUUCUACACAGGUGUUGAUGAUCAUUGUCGCUGCUUUGCCUGUGACGGUGGCUUAAGAAAAUGGGAACCUGGAGAUGAUCCCUGGAUAGAACACUGUCGAUGGUUUCCGGCUUGUCCUUAUGCAAGAGAAAUCAAGGGCGAUGAAUUUAUCAACCUAGUCCAACUCUCUGCCGAUCACGCCUUGGAAAAUGUAUCAAACUCUCAAGACGAAGCGAGUGGUGCUAUGGCUGCUUUAGCAAUUGACGAUGCAAAUAUUAAAAAACUAGUGGAACAAAAUAAAGACAUUCUAGUUAAGGACAUGGGGUUUUCUAUUUCCGAUGUAAAAACUGCAAUUUUCGAAGUAUUACAACAAGGCACCACUAUCCCAGAUAUUGAUGAUAUAAUCACUCGACUGGAGGUUAUGAGUGAGAGAAAGCAUCUAGAAGAACAAUUAAAGCAAACACAAGUACCACUAGAUCCGGAAGGUACAUUUCCGACAGAAAGAUUACUGGAAGAAAACCAACGAUUGAAGAGCCUGCUGCUGUGCCAUUUAUGCAACAAAAACCCAGUGAAUGCAUUGUUUUUACCUUGCACUCAUCACAAAUACUGUUUGGACUGCACAGAACACAGCGAUAAAUGUCCAGACUGUAACAGAACUAUUAAAGAAAGGAUUCGCACAUAUAUGGCAUGAACCAUUAUCCUUAUUAUGAUAAGUCAAUAUAUUAUGAGAGCUUUUGAGACAUCAAAUGACCAGCGCUGUUUUAUUAAUAUUGAAGCAAUCUCAAUUCAUACGAUUUUCGUAUUGUACAAGAAUCAUUUACUUUUUUAUAAUUAGAAGAAUAUAUAUAUAUA